GGCGGGCGCGGCCUCAGGGAGCCUUCGCAGGCCUUGCCGCCUCCCGCUCCCCGCCGGCCAGCGCUCUCGGCGCGGUGCCCUGCGCACCCCACGGCGUGUUACCCGGGACGCAUACUGAUCGUCACAGGGAAAGCGUGAACUGGGUUUCUUGCCGGCCGGGGCGCGCGCCUGCAACCCCAGCGCUCUGGGAGGCCCAGGCGGGACUCCAGGCCAGGCUGGGCAACGUAGCAACUCCAUCUUUAUAAUUUUUUUUUUUUUUUUUUUUUUUAAAGAGAUUGUAUUCUCACUGACUCCUGCUCCCUGGUCAGCCCAGUAUUUCAUCGUUUCUUGGAUGUCAACAGCCACAAAAUAGAAAAAACAAUCGAAGGAAUUUAUGAAAAAUUUAUCAUUCAUUCUGAUCUUAGCAAAGCUGCUAGUUGGAAGAGAUUAACUGAGGAAUUUCUAAAUGCACCACUUCCCAGUAUAAAGGAAAUAAAGACAGAUGCACAUUAUUCCAUACUGUCACUUCUUCUGUGUCUGUCAGACUCUCCUUCAAACAGCAGUUAUGUGGAGACACCAAGAAAUAAAGAAGUGGAAAAGAAAGAUGAUUUCGACUGGGGAAAAUACUUGAUGGAAGGUGAAGAAAUGGACAUUGUUCCAUACAUGGACACACCAAAUUGGUCUGAAGAAAGUGAAGAGGAAAAUGAUCAACAGCCCUUAAGCAGAGAGGACUCUGGAAUUCAAGUAGACAGGACACCGUUAGAAGAACAAGAUCAAAACAGAAAACUGGAUCCUUGUAUCAGUUGGAAAGCAGAUGAGCCCGAUGACCGAAGCUGGCUGGAACAUCAUGUGGUCCAUCAGUACUGGACUGCCCGGCCCUCCCAGUUUCCUCAUAGUUUACAUUUGCACUCUAACUUAGCUGCUGUCUGGGACCAACACUUGUACAGCAGUGAUCCAUUGUAUGUUCCAGAUGACAGGGUUUUGGUUACUGAGACUCAGGUUAUUCGGGAAACCCUAUGGUUACUUUCAGGAGUGAAAAAGCUCUUUAUAUUUCAGUUGAUAGAUGGGAAGAUAACUGUGAGAAACAAUAUUGUAGUAACUCAUUUAACACAUAGCUGUUUACGAUCUGUGCUGGAACAAAUAGCAGCAUAUGGCCAGGUUGUGUUUCGACUCCAGGAGUUCAUUGAUGAAGUCAUGGGACACAGUUCCGAGAGCAUGCUGCCUGGAAGUGGGUCUGUUCCUAAGAAGUCAACUGAAGCUCCGUUUAGAACUUACCAGGCUUUCAUGUGGGCCCUGUACAAAUAUUUCAUUAGUUUCAAAGAGGAACUUGCAGAAAUUGAGAAGUGCAUCAUCAAUAAUGAUACUACAAUAACUCUUGCAAUAGUGGUGGACAAGUUGGCACCUCGAUUGGCUCAGCUCAAGGUUCUGCACAAAGUGUUUAGUACUGGAGUAGCGGAAGUCCCACCUGAUACUCGAAAUGUCGUCCGGGCCUCUCACCUGCUCAACACCCUGUAUAAGGCCAUUCUUGAAUAUGACAAUGUUGGAGAAGCCUCCGAGCAAACUGUCUCCCUCCUGUUCUCUCUCUGGGUGGAAACGGUGCGGCCUUACCUGCAGACGGUGGACGAGUGGAUUGUGCAUGGGCACCUGUGGGAUGGCACCAGGGAGUUCAUCAUCCAGAGAAACAAAAAUGUUCCAGUUAAUCACAGAGACUUCUGGUAUGCAACUUACACGUUAUAUAGCGUAUCAGAAAAGACAGAAAAUGAAGAAAAAAUGAGUGAUAACGCUAGUGCGAGUUCCGGCAGUGACCAGGGGCCCUCCAGCAGGCAGCACACCAUGGUGUCCUUCCUCAAACCUGUCCUGAAGCAGAUCAUAAUGGCUGGCAAGUCGAUGCAGCUGCUGAAGAACCUGCAGUGUGCGGAGAGCACCACCUGGCAGGCAGGAGCCAGAGAUGCAGAAAGAAAAAGUUUAUACACUCUCUUUCUGGAAUCUGUACAGUCCCGUCUUCGACAUGGAGAAGAUUCCACUCCACAGGUUCUUACUGAGCAACAGGUAACCAAGGAGAACCUAAUGAAGAUGCAGUCCAUUGCUGAAAGGCAUCUUGAACUGGAUGAUGUUCAUGAUCCACUGCUUGCCAUUAACUUUGCAAGGAUGUAUUUGGAGCAGAGUGACUUUCACGAGAAGUUUGCUGGUGGUGAUGUAUGUGUGGAUAGAUCAUCGGAAUCUGUGACAUGCCAGACUUUUGAAUUAACGCUGAGAUCCUGCCUCUAUCCUCAUAUUGACAAGCAGUAUCUAGAUUGCUGUGGAAAUCUCAUGCAAACUCUAAAAAAAGAUUACAGGUUGGUAGAAUACUUGCAAGCUAUGAGGAAUUUUUUCUUAAUGGAAGGAGGUGAUACCAUGUAUGACUUCUACACAUCAAUUUUUGAUAAAAUAAGAGAAAAGGAAACAUGGCAGAAUGUGUCUUUUCUUAAUGUCCAGCUCCAAGAAGCAGUAGGACAGCGUUAUCCUGAAGACAGUUCACGUCUAUCUAUAUCUUUUGAAAAUGUUGACACAGCUAAGAAGAAGCUGCCUGUUCAUAUCUUAGAUGGUCUGACCCUCAGCUACAAGGUCCCAUGGCCUGUGGACAUUGUUAUAAGUUCGGAAUGUCAAAAAAUUUAUAAUCAAGUGUUUCUUCUCUUAUUGCAAAUAAAGUGGGCAAAAUAUAGUCUGGAUGUUUUACUUUUUGGUGAACUGGUUAGUACUGCGGAAAAACCACGACUUAAAGAAGGCCUUAUACAUGAACAAGACACAGUUGCUCACUUUGGACCACAAAAAGAACCAGUAAGACAGCAGAUUCAUCGCAUGUUCCUCUUAAGAGUGAAGCUCAUGCAUUUCGUGAACAGCUUGCACAACUACAUCAUGACCAGGAUUCUACACAGUACAGGGCUGGAGUUUCAACAUCAAGUCGAGGAAGCCAAGGAUUUAGAUCAAUUGAUUAAAAUUCACUAUAGGUAUCUGUCAACCAUCCAUGACCGGUGUCUGCUGAGAGAAAAGGUCAGCUUUGUGAAAGAAGCUAUCAUGAAGGUGUUGAACUUGGCUCUCAUGUUUGCAGACGGUUGGCAGGCAGGCCUGGGCACUUGGCGAAUGGAAUCUAUAGAGAAAAUGGAGUCUGAUUUUAAAAACUGCCACAUGUUUCUUGUAACCAUUUUAAACAAAGCCAUCUGUAGAGGAUCCUUUCCCCAUUGGCUGUCUUUUGUCUGCAUCCGACGCUGGAGCCUACUGUCCACAGGAGGUUUGGGAGGGACCCAAACCUGCGUCAGUUCUUGCUGCUUCUGGCCUUGGUGGUGUGGAGGUGCUGCAGAAGCUAGGGCCUUUCAUCAUGAAGAUGAGCCAGAUGCCUCCUUUGGGAGCCAGAGGAUCCAGAGUCAACGAAAAUAAAACUUCAGGACUGUCUGGAUUUAUUACACCAGGGAGGAAGUUGAGCCCUAGAGACUGUCAGGUCGUAUGACUGCAGUUCUUCUCAGAUUCACUCUCUUCCUCAUUGUUCUUGUUCUGUAAAUGACUAAGAGAGACUAUAGACCAGACCUCCCCACUUCCAAUCACUGGUUUUGUUGUAGAUGAACUGCCUCCUUUACUGUCCGGUACCUAAUGUAGACCAGACGGUACUCUAGACCCUAUGACUAGCACAUCCUCAGUGUGGAAUGUUAAAUAUGCCUUGCCUGGAAGAAAAAGACCAACUUGACUAAUCAGAUCAUCAUAACUAUGCAUGAAGUCUUCCACAGAAAGAUGUUGAAAUUUUGUUACACUUCCCUAACCUUUGUCUAAAUAAGCAUUCUCACUCAAACAUCUACACUUUGGAACACUGACUUCUGUUCUUUGAGAUCUGUGCUUCCCGGGUAGCCCAUCCUCAAACUUUUUGCUUGAAUAAACUCUCUAAACUAGA